CAAAAAUAAAUAAAUAAAUAAAUAAGUAAAUAAGCGUGCUCGCUUCCCUACCGAACAAUUCCGCACCCCCACCUUCUUCUCUCGCCAUCUCAAGUGGAGAUCCUCCGAUCCCAUCCCGUUGCUUCCCGCCAUCUCCUCUUCCCGAGAGGUGGUCCGAUCGACGUGAGGAGAUGCUGAGGAAUUUGAUGGAGGAUAAAAGGUUGGAUUUUGAUGCGCCGCUGCUCUCCGUGCGCCGACUUUCCGCUGGAGCCGCCGCAGCGGGGGCUUCUACUGCUCCAUCUACUUCGAAGUUGGAGGACGGCCACCGGAAGGCUGCGGCCGGACAGCCACCGACGAGGAGAUCCUCUCUUCCUUUCCAUAAAUCGGACUUGAAAUCGGGCCCGGUGGGAAAUCCCGGCGUCAUCCCUUUCGUUUGGGAACAGACCCCCGGGCAGCCCAAGGACGAGGUGAGCUCCAGUUCCGUCGCCGUUGGUCGGCUGCCAAUGGCUUUGAAGCUUCCUGCUGAUAGGAUCUUGAAGGAGAAGGAGGCUGAUGGGCCGCGAGCCACCGCCGGGGCAUCCGUGAGGGUAGGCACUAGCGUCCGGACUCAGAAAGCUGCCACCCAAAUUGCUUCAGAUGAAAGCACAGAGAAAGCUCCUGAGAUCCCCAAGGGUGGUGAGGAGAAGGUAAAGGAAGAGGAGAUGAAGCAGAAGCCGGUUCCGGCAGACCGCCGCAAUGACGAGGAUGAUGAUGAAGAUGAGGCCUUUUCGGAUGCGCUCGACACACUCUCCCGGACCGAAUCUUUCUUCAUGAAUUGUAGUGUUAGCGGCCUUAGUGGAAUUCCUGAAUCGGCGAUGCCUUCGGGAAGCUUUUCGACGGAUCCCCAGGUCCGGGAUUUCAUGAUGGGAAGAUUUUUGCCAGCCGCCCAGGCCAUGGCCACGGGCUCGCCGCAGUAUACCUUCAGGAAAGGAACUCCCCCGGCUCGUGAGCCGCCUACGAGGCCUGCUGAAAGGGUUGUGAGUCGGGAUCAUCGUCGGCCGCUUCCACUUCCUUACCAGAAAAGGCCUAAUUUUGUUCAGCAAUAUGCUCAAGAGCAUGAGGGAGGGGAUAGCUAUGAUGAUGAGGAGGAAGAGGAGGACUGUGAUGAAACUGACCGUUUGCCAUCAAAGGCUUGUGGGUUGCUCCCCAGGUUUUGCGUAAAGAGUUCCUUUUGCUUGCUAAAUCCGGUCCCUGGAAUGAAGGUUCGGCCCCGCCUGCCUGCGCCACUUGGAAGGAGGAUAGGUAACCCACGGAUCAAAACUUUUCAUCACGGAUCUUUGGGUGAAGCUGGAGAUGAGGAUUCAUGGGAAGCAGUUUAUAAGCACAAGCUAGGACAAAGGUAUCAACCCCAAGUGGAGGAUGGGAGGAGUAAGUCAACUAGUGAAUCGAAGCAGCUUACUUACUGGAGUGAUUCCCCAACAGCAGAUGGAUCCUCUCCUUGCCGUCGUUCCACAGGUGGUGGAAUAUCACCCAAUCCGAAUGAAGCUCCUCCAUUACCUUUUGAAGGGAAGGGUUUUCUUGGAGUUCCAAAGAGAGGAAGGAAGAGUAGCAAGACAGAUGGCUCUGACUCAUGUGAGAGAGAUGGUGAGAACUAUUGGGAAAUGACACCUCCUCAAAGUAGCCAGCAGGGAUCAGGAUCAAGGAGCCCUGCAUUGGAGAAAACUCUCUAUGUUGAUUCUGUAAAUAUGCUCGAAACUUCAGAUUCAAAUUCAAGCUCGUUAUAUAUAGCUACAGACACCAGGGUAACGUUAAACUCCAGUGAGAAGGAUUCUGAGGUUGGAAGAGAUACGCAAAGAAUGCAAGAAAAUUCUGCUGUCAAAAGUCAUGAAGAAAAUGCAUUGCAGCCUAAGGACUCUGAGGUUGUGGAACUUGGCUUGCCAUUUUGCUCAGAAAAAUCAGAUCAUGGAGAGAUGGAUGGGAAUAAUAAUAUCAAACACAAUGCAGAUCGUGAUGGUCCCCUGCCUUCCGGCGAAGGAGAUAUACUCAAAAAUGAUGUUAAUGAUGGUGGUCCACUGCCUUUGGAAGAGGGAGCUCUGCAUAAGACUGAUGUUAGUUCUCUGCAGUCUCUUCUCCCUCCCCCGUUGCCUAAAUCACCUUCUGAGUCCUGGCUUUUUCGUACGUUGCCUUCUGUAUCAUCAAAGAAUCCACCACAGUCAUUUUUGGGUCUUCAGUUCCAGCCUCGAAAACAAGCUUUCCAGGCAUCCUCUACUAACCAGAAGCGAGAUAGCAAUGCUAAACCUUCUGUAUCACACCAUCGGCGGAGACAAUUUGCUGAGGUGCUACCAAAGCCUGUCUCACCACGGUCUGAAAUUUGAGAUAUGAAGAAGAUAUUCUUUCUCAUUUCUUGAUCACCGUGGUAUUCUAGUAUUGUAAUUUGCAAGACCAGAGACAACAAAAGGUGCAAGUGAACCAGGACAAAUCCCGGAGCAUAUGCACGGUGGAUAGUGCGCAAUCGGGAAUUGGUGAAAUACAAGGGGUAGCGUGGCGUGUUAUCCACCGUGGGAUUUGGCGCAGUCCAAUUGCACCUGGUGCAUGCAAUGCGAAGGCCUGUAUGAAUUAGUUUCAAGACUAUUCCUGCUGUGGAGAACUAUCUGUAUUUGAUUUUAUAGAGCAAUGCAUCGAGGAUGAGAGAUACUGUUGACAUGGUUUGAUGGAAGCUCAAUGAUGAAAAAAAACACCCUUUUUUUAAAUCAAAAAAAGAAGAAGAGGAAGAAGAAGAUAGAGGCCACCUUUAAAAGAGCAGUCAUAGAUGGGAUAUGCAUAUAAUAACACUGUGGAUAAGCUUAUUGCGUAUAUAACUAUUUGACAAUUAGUUUUUGGCAGGUUGACGAGAUUAAUGUAGCACUUGCUUGUUCAUCAUUAUAUCAUCAUGGUGAGUCAUGUAUUAGCAGUACACAGUUUCAUUUGGGCUCAUUUAGAAAGAUAAAUCUAGCUUUUUUGUAAACUCUAACUCUAAAUUUAGCAAUCAAUCGAAGGCAGAUUUCCUA